CGCUCGCUGGUGGACUCGCGUAUCCCCAGGAUGCGUCCCCCUCUCGGAGAGUUGUGCCUUGUUCCGGAGGCGGUGACAGAUCUGCGUGGCGGGUUUCUGGUUUUCUUGCCACCCCCCUGUCCCCAAAAUCCACUCGGAGAAAACACAUGUUGUAGCCGUAGAUAACUGUGCGUGGGACACUAAGGCAAAAAGGGCAGGAGAGAAAGACAACGCAACCUUUGACAACAGAAAGCUGUUAUCGCCAUCCUAAGUAUUCGUCCGGAAAUCUGUCUGCCCUCUCAGCCCACCUAUUCCUCCUCCUCCGUCUCCCCGUAUAGAUAUUCUAAUCUAUGUAACUGGGAAUAAUAAGAAAAAGAAGUCAGGUGGCUUAGAGAAUGAAUUCUCAAGUCUCCGUGAAGUUUGAGGUCACUUUCAUGAAUUCAAAGGCAAUUUACCAGUGAUUUCCGGGUGCUGGAGCCGAUUUUUUUGUGCAUAUUUACAUUCUAUAUCUUCUGAUGAGGAAAGAAAAAUGCUUCAAGAAGGACUUUGUGACCCCUCAUCACUUUGUAUAAGAGCCCAGGGCAUGAACUGAAACCAAGGAACUGACAAUAUUAUUAAUUCAGCAUUUGGCACUAUUGUGGAUAUUAAUGCAUUCAUAGUUCAUCUUGACAAAACCGGGCCCAAUCACAUAUGAAAAUGAUUUUAGUCAUCUAAUAUUAGUUUCUGAAGAAUGUCUUCCAAGCAAGCCACCUCUCCAUUUGCCUGUGCAGCUGAUGGAGAGGAAGCAAUGACCCAAGAUUUGACCUCAAGGGAAAAGGAAGAGGGCAGUGAACAACAUGUGGCCUCCCAUCUGCCUCUGCACCCCAUAAUGCACAACAAACCUCACUCUGAGGAGCUACCAACACUUGUCAAUACCAUUCAACAGGAUGCUGACUGGGACAGUGUUCUGUCGUCUCAGCAAAGAAUGGAGUCAGAGAAUAAUAAGUUAUGUUCCCUAUAUUCCUUCCGAAAUACCUCUACCUCACCACAUAAGCCUGACGAAGGGAGUCGGGACCGCGAGAUAAUGACCAGUGUUACUUUUGGAACCCCAGAACGCCGCAAAGGGAGCCUUGCCGAUGUGGUGGACACACUGAAACAGAAGAAGCUUGAGGAAAUGACUCGGACUGAACAAGAGGAUUCCUCCUGCAUGGAAAAACUACUUUCAAAAGAUUGGAAGGAAAAAAUGGAAAGAUUAAAUACCAGUGAACUUCUCGGAGAAAUUAAAGGUACACCUGAGAGCCUGGCAGAAAAAGAACGGCAGCUCUCUACCAUGAUUACCCAGCUGAUCAGUUUACGGGAGCAGCUCCUGGCAGCGCAUGAUGAACAGAAAAAACUGGCAGCCUCACAAAUUGAGAAACAACGGCAGCAAAUGGACCUUGCUCGCCAACAGCAAGAACAGAUUGCAAGACAACAGCAGCAACUUCUGCAACAGCAGCACAAAAUUAAUCUCCUGCAGCAACAGAUCCAGCAGGUUCAGGGUCACAUGCCUCCGCUCAUGAUCCCAAUUUUUCCACAUGACCAGCGGACCCUGGCAGCAGCUGCUGCUGCCCAACAGGGAUUCCUCUUCCCCCCUGGAAUAACAUACAAACCAGGUGAUAACUACCCCGUACAGUUCAUUCCAUCAACAAUGGCAGCUGCUGCUGCUUCUGGACUCAGCCCUUUACAGCUCCAGAAAGGUCAUGUCUCCCACCCACAAAUUAACCCAAGGCUAAAGGGCCUAAGUGACCGUUUUGGCAGGAGUUUGGACACCUUUGAACAUGGUGGUGGCCACUCUUACAACCACAAACAGAUUGAGCAGCUCUAUGCCGCUCAGCUGGCCAGCAUGCAGGUGUCACCUGGAGCAAAGAUGCCAUCAACUCCACAGCCACCAAACACAGCAGGGGCAGUCUCACCUACUGGGAUAAAAAAUGAAAAGAGAGGGACCAGCCCUGUAACUCAAGUUAAGGAUGAAGCAGCAGCACAGCCGCUGAAUCUCUCAUCCCGACCCAAGACAGCUGAGCCUGUAAAGUCUCCAACAUCUCCCACCCAAAGCCUCUUUCCAGCCAGCAAAACCAGCCCUGUCAAUCUGCCUAACAAAAGCACCAUCCCCAGCCCCAUUGGAGGAAGCUUGGGAAGAGGAUCCUCUUUAGGUAAAUGGAAAGGUCAACACCAGGAAGAGACUUAUGAAUUAGAUAUCCUGUCCAGUCUCAACUCCCCCGCCCUGUUUGGGGAUCAGGAUACAGUGAUGAAAGCUAUUCAGGAGGCUCGGAAGAUGCGAGAACAGAUCCAGCGGGAGCAACAGCAGCAACAGCCGCAUGGUGUUGAUGGGAAACUGUCUACCAUGAAUAAUAUGGGGCUGAACAACUGCAGGAAUGAAAAGGAAAGAACACGCUUUGAAAAUUUGGGGCCCCAGUUAACAGGAAAGUCAAGUGAAGAUGGAAAGCUGGGCCCAGGUGUCAUCGAUCUUACUCGGCCAGAAGAUGCAGAGGGAAGUAAAGCAAUGAAUGGCUCUGCAGCUAAACUACAGCAGUAUUAUUGUUGGCCAACAGGAGGUGCCACUGUGGCUGAAGCACGAGUCUACAGGGAUGCCCGUGGCCGGGCCAGCAGUGAGCCACACAUCAAGCGACCAAUGAAUGCAUUCAUGGUUUGGGCGAAGGAUGAGAGGAGGAAAAUCCUUCAGGCCUUUCCUGACAUGCAUAACUCCAACAUUAGCAAAAUCUUAGGGUCUCGCUGGAAAUCCAUGUCCAACCAGGAGAAGCAACCUUAUUAUGAGGAGCAGGCCCGGCUAAGCAAGAUCCACUUAGAGAAGUACCCGAACUAUAAAUACAAACCUCGACCGAAACGCACCUGCAUUGUUGAUGGCAAAAAGCUCCGGAUUGGGGAGUAUAAGCAGCUGAUGAGAUCUCGGAGACAGGAGAUGAGGCAGUUCUUUACCGUGGGGCAGCAGCCUCAGAUUCCAAUCACCACAGGAACAGGUGUUGUGUAUCCUGGUGCUAUUACUAUGGCAACUACCACACCGUCACCUCAGAUGACAUCUGACUGCUCUAGCACCUCUGCCAGUCCAGAGCCCAGCCUCCCGGUCAUUCAGAGCACUUAUGGUAUGAAGACAGACGGCGGAAGCCUAGCUGGAAAUGAAAUGAUUAAUGGAGAGGAUGAGAUGGAAAUGUAUGACGACUAUGAAGAUGAUCCCAAAUCAGACUAUAGCAGUGAAAAUGAAGCCGCGGAAGCUGUCAGUGCCAACUGAGGAGUGUUUGUUUGCUGAAUUAAAAUACUCUGACAUUUCACCUCCCCUCCCCCAACAGAAAAGUUCUUAAAGAGCCCGCAUGCAUUUGUGGCUCCACAAUUACAUCAGCAGAAUGGUCUUAAUUGUUUCGUAAAGCGUGAGACAGAUUAAGUUUUCCCAGAUUUUUCAUGAACUUGAGUUUUUUGUCGUUAUUGUUAUUGUUGUUGUUGUUUUUUAAUUUAGGUGAAGACAUAUUAAAUAUGAGACACCAGGACUUGAAAACUUAUCUCAACCCAUAGCUGUCUUACAAGUCUUAUAUUUUGUCUUACUUUUUUUCUUUUGGAUGUUGAUAAAGGUUUAAGUUACUGUUUUAGAUGGGGUUAAACAUUCUCACUCAGGUAUGCUGUGCCAGCCUACAAGUUGUGAAUGUGUUUUUAUUCUGAAUUAUUUUAGAAAACAACUGAGAAUUUCAUAUUGUGAAACAGAACAAGUCCACGGCGUGUGCAGCUGCAUGUAGAGCAUAUUCAAAAGGCCUCAGAAUUCCAUUUUUCCAUGUGUAGAGUUAAACUUUGAAUGUGCCAAACUUUUUCAUAACUUUUGAAUCUUAAUAUUUUGAAAGUCUUAAAGGAGACACUGCAAAGUCUUAGACAAUCUUUGGCAUCUUAAAAUAAAAUAGCAAACCACACAUUUUUGUUUUUUCAGAAAAUGGUGAAGUACUCAGGAAUCUGGAGACAAGAUAUUGUAAGGAAUGAACAAGGUUGCCACAGUGCGUGUACCCAAUUGUGUUUGCCUCUUGACGUGCCAUCAGUGUGUGACGUGGUAUGACGUCCACGCACCAGAGCGAUCACCACACCAGAUACCGACAUGGUGGUCUUCUCUGCCUGAGACCACCUCUCACUACAUCCAUUAUCCCUUUGCCUUUAACCCUGACAUUCAGUCUUAACACAUUUUCUCUUAAAUAAUUUAUUCAUUCCAGAAUGUCAAGGGUCCACUUAACUAUUUAUUUAAAAAAAAUUGUUGGUGGCAUUAAUUUAAUAAUUCUUUUUUCUUACCCUCCUUCCCCAAAGAACUUUUCAGCCCUUUUCACCUCCUUCUCCUGCUAGAGACAAAGGUGUACAUAGUGAUUUUAUGUCCCCAGAACAUCUGGAAGCAUUUCUGAAACAAGAUACUACUAAAUACCUAUAUUGUUGUUUUUGAACAUCAGUGUAUAUAUGGCUAUAGAGCUGUGUAUUUGGAUACAGGUGUAGAGAUUUACACUUCAACAGGUAUGCCCCUGAGGUUCCCCGUGACUUUGAAUCUUUUGCCAGAAUUUUCCCCUAAUUCAAUUAAGCAACAAGUGGUAGGAUCUGCACCAGUGGCAUUUCCCCUCAACGCCAUUCAGCGACAAGGAUCAACAGUGGUGACUGCCAGGCAGGAGAGUCCCGCAGCCAAUCCUAAAGCCCAAAGCUGCGGUCCACGUAGGAGUCCACAGGGAUGCUGUCAUGGGCUGGCACCUUUAUACUGAGCUGCCUUGUCCCAUCUCGCACAUCUAGGGAGUUCUUUGCAAAAUCCCCAGGAUGCAAGAAGCCACAUGACAGCCUCAAAGCCAAGAUAGAGGCAGAUAGUCGUGAUACAUCCAGAGAAUGAAAGAAAACCAUAGGGAAGGAGAAGGAGGAGAAAUACAUUCCCUAAAUGGGAUGUUCCGACUGUUAACUCUGGGGAACAGAUCACUCCUGGGGCAGCAGACGAGUUCCUCUGGCUCAUUCCCUCCAUCCGUGACUGCAUGGGGGUCAUGCCUAUGUGUGAACAGGAUUAACUGCCCUUGUCACACAAGGAUUUUUCUGGAGAUGUGCUGAUGGGCUGGGAAGCAGUGAGGCUUCAUUCCCCAUCUCCUAACUGCAGGGAGCUCAGCCAUGCCAUUUUGACCUUCCUGAAACCAGGACUGAUUGCCUGUGGGGGAGCCUCACCCAGAGUAGUUUGAUGGGAGAAUGUCAGCAAAUGGGACAGUCCACCUCAUGGGACAACGAGAAUCUGAUCACCAGGACAUAGGAACGGCCCCAUCAGAUUUCUUGAGCCAUUUUGUCACUUGGAAGAAAAUUGUGUACCUUCAUAUUUAUUUAAGAGUGCUCAAGGCCAUACCUAAUAGCAAUAAAUAGGUCUAGCCAAGACAUUACUGUCUAUGUCAUUAGCUAGGAGUGCUCUCUGUAAACUGAUUAAGGUACUGAUAGGAAUGUUUGGUUCUUAAUAUUGAUUGGGGAUUGGAACUUUGUUUUUGUACAUUUAUUUCAAACGAGGAGGAGGUCGUUUUCCUAAAAAAAAAAAAAAAAAAAAAAAAAAGAGUAUUUAUUAUUGUCUUACUGGUUUCUUUUGAUUAUAUACCUCUCCUCCUCAGUUCAUUCUCACGUUUUUUUCUCUUUCUCUUUGACUCUUGCUUUUGCCCUCUCCCGCUCCUUUUUAAUUUUGUUGCAUAAGUAGAGUGCUGUAUGGCUAGCAUUGUAUUGUAUGUAAUUAAUUUUGCACAAAGGCAGACAUUUAGAAUAGUAGGUUAAUUUUGUUUGUUUUUAUGACCAUGCCAAAAUAAUAUUCUGGGCUGGUGGAGAACAAAGGACUGUUCUUUAGGACUGAAACUUGAUUUUGCUUGUAGUUAAAAAAAAAAAAAAAAAGAAACAAAAAAAGAAAUCAACAGAAAAAACAAAAAACACA